AUGGAGCAAAACCCUAAAACCCAGAGGAAAUGGCGGUACACAUGGGAAGCUCAAUCUCAUUCUCCAAAUCUUCGUCUUUUUCUUUUCGAUUCCAAAACCAACCCUAAGGCCCACUGCAAAAGACUCGAUGUUACUCUUAACCUCGAAAAAUCUCAGCUUCUCGUCACUUGGAUCGGUGACGAAGACGACGGAAGUAAAGAGGUUGUUUCUCUUCGUGUUCCUGUUCCUAGGGUUUUGCUCGAUGCUGAUUCUCCUGUCAAUUUCAGAGCUUUGGACGAUCACAUUGAGGUUAGACUUGUUCUGUUACUCCCAGUAGAUCAUCCUCUAGUCUCCGAUUUCAAUUUGGUGUCUGAUUCUGUCGGAAUUGGAGAAAAGUCGGCUCCUUUAGUGUUGGGUUAUGAUCUGAAGAGUCUAUCUUCAAUGGGAAGUGUUCAUUUUAACUGUAGGAAUUGCUCGACUAGGUUAACAAAGAAAGCCCUUUUCGAUUUCUCAGAAAUGCCGUCUAUUAAUUGGCGAGAAUCUGCUGAUAACUGGUUUGGUAAUUGUUGUUGUUCAUUUGGAGGAAUUAGUGAGAAGAUGGUAGCUAACUACACGAAUUCGUAUACUUGCUCUAGUGGGUUGUGUUUACUUAGUGCCACAACAGUUUUGCUUAGCAAAGAUGAUCUCAUAGAGUGCGUCUGGUCUGGAAUCGAGAACCGAUUUGAAUCGAGUUUAGCUCUCAGUUGUGAUCAUGGUGGAGUUGAAUCGGGUUCUGACGGACACGAGAAUGGAGGUGAGAAUAUUCUUGGACUUGCUUGUGGUCAAAUUGAUGACUCCUCGAUGCGUAAGGUAUUAAUGCAUGAAUGUUGUGUACAUGAUUCAUCUGACUCUAGUGAGAGUUUUCAGUUGGACCAGCAACUUACACUUGAUAAGAAGUUUCUUCUUGAUGGGUUUCUUGAGGAUGUUUUUAUGGCAAAAGCGUCGAAUGUGUCGAAGAAUGUGGAGUGGAUUGAGUUUGUUUGCUCAGAUUGUUCAUCUCCCCUUGGAGCCUAUCCUUCGUCUGGUGGCGAGAACAACGAUAAACCCAUAGAUGGUGGAGUUAGACUCUUCAAAUGCUAUAUUUCCACAUCAUCGGUGUCUGGUGAAUCCUCUGAUGUUUUCAGGAAAUACACGUUGGAAAAAAUGUUUACCAAUCAGCUAACGGAAUGCGCCAAAGAAGAGUUAUCUUUUCAUGUGUUGGUCAAAGAUUUGACAACCAAAUCGCCUCUGUUCCAGAUUGUAAUCCUGAAUCCAAACUCUUGGUCCUCGACUGGUCUUUGCUCGAGCCAAGAUGAACAAGGUUCCACAUCAGAGCUAAGCCCUGUUGUGAAGGUUCUGUUUUCAGAUUGCGACAGCUCGGUGGUGAAGAAGAUUGAUGAAGAAGUUUACAUUUUGAAGGGACAAGGAGAGGAGCUGAUAGAGUUACUUAGAAAUGCGAGCAAAUUUCUUCCUUCUUCAUGUUCAUAUCUUCAGGGCUUACUUGUAUCAUCGAUGCAUCUAUGA